GAAAGUGAACGCGGAAGACGCAUUCAUAAAAAAAAAUAAGCGUUCCCUCCAAAAAGUCGCCGCGAUAUUUUUUCAUUUAUAUUUUUUAAAUCGGUGCGUUGAACUUGGUCCGAGUGCAGAGCCCCUAGUUUCAUAAGUGAUUAUACGAUGUUGCCAGCGUAGUGAAAGUGCUGUGACGUAAUUAUAUUAGAUCAGACGUUAUGGCGGACCGUAUGCGUUUGGGGACUUAUCGUGCCAUAGAUAUUGCUGUCUUCUUUGUUUUUGGUAUACCGAUGUUGACGCCAGCACAAUGCCAGCAGACAGUCCUGCAUCCGGGUAGUUUCCUUCAGACAGACCACGGCUGACACUAGUCCAAAUCUACAACACAGACUGUCACAUUGGAAUCAAUACUCCACCCCCAGAAAAAGAUCACCAGAUAACAUGCCAUACUACCGGAGUAGUCCUUACCAGCCAUUUUCCAACAUUGAUAGACAAUAUACUCCAUAUGAUAAUCCCCAAUACUAUGACAGCAGAUCGUCUGUUGAUCUCAUACAUACAGAAACCAGAGAUACUGCCAAUGACGGACGACUCCUAUCAGACUCUGCUUUCAACAGAAUCUCUGAAACUCUCGGAGCUAUAAACACAGUGGGACACUAUCUGGUUGACAUGGUGAAUGACAACGAUCGAAGUGAAGCUGACCCAAAUUUGCAACAACUACCACAAGCACUUUACACUAUUAGCAAAAAUGUCUUAGGAAGAAAUGUUACCGACAAAAUAGCUCCUAUUGUGAAAAAAGCUUUGCCAAAAGUACUGCCAGAUGCCCCAAUCACAAAGAUUGCUAACGGCAAUCAAAAUGAAAACGACGCUAGAUCAUGUACCACUCCAGAAGGCGAGGAUGGUGUCUGCGAAGAUCUCAGUAACUGUCCACAAUUACUGCUAAAUUUAGUUAGUCUGCGAGAGUCUUUGUGUUUUAAAGAACUAUUCGUACCUGGCGUUUGUUGUCCAAGAAACGCUGUAGUAUCAACUCCUAUUAUUGAAAAGCCACUAACAACAAGCAAACCUACUUACCUAGUACCAGUGACAACGAAACGGCCUACAACAACAACAACGACUAAGAAACCUUCAGCAGUGCUGGUACUCACCACUAAAAAGCCAAAGCCACAAUCAACCACAACAGCAAGACCAACAACAAAGCCGACCGUAACAACAACCAAAGUGCCAUCCACAACAUCAUUCUAUACAGUUGCUCCGCCGAUCAUCUCCAACUAUUCCAAUAUUGUUGAUGUAAAUGAUUGUGGUCAGAGAGAGGACGAAGGAGGUCGGAUUGUUGGCGGAACAGAAUCGAAGCCAGGGUCGUGGCCAUGGAUGGCUGCCAUCUAUCUGCAUGGAGCCAAGCGGAGAGAGUUCUGGUGCGGAGGUACCCUUAUCGGACGCAAGCAUGUCCUCACGGCCGCUCAUUGUACCAGGGACUCGAAACAAAGACCAUUCCCUCCACGUCAGUUCAGCGUGCGUUUGGGUGACGUGGACUUGUCACGUGAGGACGAACCGUCACGCCCAGUGACACUUCGCGUGACAGCCGUUCGAGCACAUGAGCAGUUUUCCAGAGUUGGCUUCUACAAUGACAUCGCUGUUCUGAUGCUAGCUGAAAAUGUGCAGAAAUCUAAGUAUGUGAUACCCAUAUGUUUGCCGCACGGGAUGUCGUAUAACCAGUUCGAGGGAUCGGCUGCGACGGUGGUCGGGUGGGGCACUACGCGCUACGGCGGGGGGGAGAGCUCCAGGCAGCUGGAGGCCAGGUUGCCGGUGUGGAGGAACGACGACUGCGACCGGGCGUACUUCCAGCCCAUCACCGACAGUUUCCUGUGCGCGGGAUACGCCAGGGGCGGAGUCGACGCUUGUCAGGGUGACUCCGGUGGUCCGCUUAUGUUGCUAGUUCAAGGCCGAUGGACACAAAUUGGGGUAGUCUCGUUCGGGAACAAAUGCGGGGAACCUGGCUACCCUGGUGUUUAUACCAGGGUUACCCACUACCUCAACUGGCUACAACAAAACCUAAUCUAGAGUUAAUCUCCUUACCUCUAACUUAACUUUUACCUACCGUAUUUACUUAAAUGAAGUCAUAAUUUAUUUAAUUUUUGAUAUUGUAUUAUUAUAGAAACCGUUGAUUAAUCAAAAAUAAAUUCUAAGUCACACACUUCUCGUAUUGAUAUUGACUUAUAAAAUUGUAAUUUAUUCAAAUAAAGUUAUCAAUUUUAAGUUACACUUACGAUUCUGUAGUAGGUACACAAAAUUUUGUUAAUGUUUAUUAAACAGAACUGUUUAGGGUAAACAUAUUGUGAUAUAAAAUAAAUCUAUAUUAAUAUUA